AGCUUCCUUCUCUUUGAAGUCACACAACAAAAACAUUUAAAUGUCAACCAAAACCUUCCGCAAAGAGGAGAUCCGACGUGCCGUCUACGGCACUUGCUUGGUGGAUGCGCCCGUGGGCGGGUGCAGCGUGGAGGCCGCGCCCAUCCGGGUGACGGUCAGCGUCCGCCGGCGCCGCGGGUGCUGGGGGAGGCUGGCCGGCGCCUGGAAGGAGGCGGCCGCGUUUUCCUUCGUCAACAGGCCGCGGGCCCCCUUCUUAUCCAACGCCUUCCUGGACCUGGAGCACGUCUUCCGGUACAGCAGCGAGGCGGACGCGGACGCAGCGCAAGUUAAGAUCUGUCUGACGCUCCUUAGCGGCCAAACGCGCGUGGCCAAAGUGGGCCUGGAAGACUUCCUGGGCCAGCUGAUGCAAAGCGGCCGCCCAGAGUGCUUCACCCUGUACGUCUACGAGGGGAAGGUCGCCCUGCUGCAGACCCGCCAGCCAUCUCCGGAGGUUGUGACGGAGUGGCUGUUUGACGGGAGGGGAAAUGACGCCCACAAAGGGUCAACUUACAAGGACCGUGCCUGCUAUGACCCCGAGGUCACUGAGAUAGACAAUUGCCAAGAAAAGAUGGACCCCAGUGACUCGGAAGAGAGUGCAUGGGAAACCCCUGAGAAUGACGUACAGGAAAGUGCAUGGGAAACCGCCGAAGAAGACUCAGAUGUGAGUGCAUGGGAAACUCCCGAAGAAGACUCAGAUGUGAGUGCAUGGGAAACUCUCGAAGAAGACUCAGAUGUGAGUGCAUGGGAAACUCCCGAAGAAGACUCAGAUGUGAGUGCAUGGGAAACUCCCGAAGAAGACUCAGAUGUGAGUGCAUGGGAAACUCCCGAAGAAGACUCAGAUGAGAGUAACGAUAACUCAGGCGAGGAGAGUGGACUUGACACUGCUGAAGACACAGAUAAGGAGAGUGGAUGGGAGUCUGACAAUGAAGACUCAGAGGAGAGGGUGGCUGACGAGGACACGGAGGAGAGUGGAGGGGAGGCUGAUGACAGCACAGAGGAGGAGACUAGAUGGGAGUCUGAGGACGAAGACUCCGAAGAGGAGAGUGAACGGGAGACUCCCGGAGACUCGCAUGAGAGUGGAUGGGAGACUCUUGAAGAAGACGCAGAGGAGGAGGCUGGGCGGGGCAAUGCUGAAGGCACAGAGGAGCGUGGCGGCGGCCGCAGCUUCCUGGCGAGGCUGGGGGCGGCGUGGCGGCACAACUGCCUCGCCCUGCUCCUGGCCGCCGCUGCGGUCUUGGUCUCACGGGUGCCACUCGCUGACCCUGACGAGUGGCGGUGGAGCGGCGGCGGCGGGGGGCCCCAAGAUUGUGUUACUGGCGACGGUGGCCUGCUGCUGUGCCUUGAGGGACAGCCUUCAUGGAGAGACUCCUCAUCACUGCUGAAGGCGCUGUCCUGCUACCCUGCGCUGGCCUCUGCGAGUCUGCUCCCAGCCUUCAGCCACCAGUACCAGCACAAGAUCUUGUGUCAGCCAGUCUUUGGGUGUCUCAGGGUGGCCGCUUGCCUUCAGCCGGGGCACCAGGCCGCCCAGCACUCCCUGGAAGGCUCACGGCCAGCCUGCCGCUCACACAGCCUGAGAGUGAGGAAAUAA